AGACCAAUGCCGCCCGCCCAGAGAAGACUGGAAAGCCGACCUAUACUCUGGAUCAUGUGGUUCGUGAGCGCUACCCGACAUUUGUUGACGCAUUGAGGGACUUGGACGACUGUCUCUCCAUGCUUUUCCUCUUCGCGAACCUGCCAUCGACCUCCAUGGUGCCUGCCAAGAUGAUUGCCCGCUGCGAGCGACUGUGCCUCGAGUUCCAGCACUAUCUCAUUGUCUCAAAGAGCCUGACCAAGUCUUUCCUGUCAAUCAAGGGUAUCUACUACCAGGCAAACAUCCAGGGCGAAGACGUUCUAUGGCUGGUUCCGUACAAGUUCAACCAGAGAAUCGUUGGCGACGUCGACUUCCGCAUCAUGGGAACAUUUGUCGAGUUCUACAUGACGCUUCUCGGCUUUGUCAACUUUAGACUGUACACCUCAAUUGGCCUCAAGUACCCGCCCAAGUUUGAUGCCGUCAAGGAUGAGAAUGCUGCCGAGCUGGGUGCCUUUACGCUGGAGGGCAAGACUCUGAUUGGCGGCGAAGAGCAGCAGAAAUUGGAGGACGUUGCUCACAAGCCGGACCCCAAGGUUCAAGCUGCCGUCAACAAAGUUCUCAAGAGCAUCACAAAUGGCACUGCCGCUGAAGACACCAAGACCGAGGACAGCGAAGAAGUUGAUCAAGAUGCAGCUGGUGCCAUUGACAAAUUUGAGCCCGCUGCUCCUGGAGGCGACGUACUGCUUCAGCCAUCCUACAGUGGCAUCAACCCCAACUCUCUCUUCUCCAACUUCACAAUCUACCUGUCCCGUGAGACUCCCCGUCAGCCACUCGAGUUCAUCCUCAAGUCAUUUGGCUGCAAGCGAGUUGGCUGGGAUGCCGUGCUUGGUGGUGGUGCUUUCACAACCGACGAGUUAGAUCCAUCAAUCACACACCAAAUUGUCGACCGACCCCCUAUACAAGCUUCAAUGGAUGAGGACGGCGAUGGUGAGGAUAACCAGACUGCACAGAAGCUGGCAGCCAACCGACGUGUGCCUGGACGGAUAUACAUUCAACCUCAGUGGGUCUGGGAUUCCGCCAACGAUGGUGAGUUGAAGGAGCCUCAUCUGUAUGCCCCUGGCGCCUCGCUGCCCCCGCAUUUGAGUCCAUUCGUCCGCAAGGUGCAAGGUGCAUACGAUCCGACAAUGCCUCUUGAGGAUCAGGAGACCGAACAUGAGGCUCUUGAGGCUGGCGAUGAUGAAGAGGCCGAUGCGGAUGAGACCGUAGAAGGCAUGGAUGUCGCAGAGUCAGGAGAUGAAGACGAGGACGUGGAUGAAGAGGAUGAAGACGAGCAGGAUGAGGACGAAGAGGAAGAGGAAGAGGAAGAUCACAAUGAUGCCCUUCAGCGCCAGAUCGAGCUUGAAGCAGAGAUGGCCGGCAAGACGGUCCAAUCAAAGGCUGCCAACCCCAAGACCAAGGCUAAGGAGGAUGCACGAAAGGCUCUGGCAAAGAAAGCACGCGAAGAGGCCGAAGACUUGGAGCGAGCCAAGGGCAUGCUGAGCAAGAAGAAGAGAAAGCUUUUCGAGCAGAUGGAGUACACAAACAAGAAGAAGAGUGCAGAGGAUGCCAAGCUGCGUUCAAAGAGAAGAAAGGUGGAGAAGGAAAAGGCAGGCAAGGCAUAGAUUCGAGAUGUACUAUUUAAUAUACUAGGUAGUAGUGAAUGGGUUUCAACGGCGUAUAUGCGGUUCAAAUAAAAUGAAAUUUUAUCUUAAUAGAAACAAUUUUGAG